AGGCCCCAAAUGGGCCGUCGGGUCUAAUGGCCCGAACUCGUCACCCAGCGCGAUCGAAAGCGUUGAAUUAAAAGGGGACGGAGCGGCGGCGAGAGGCGCGGAUGGAGGACGGCGUUGGUGCUCUCGGCUCCACCCAGCACUGGACCGUGGCGUUCCGACGCGCGCACCCGCGACUCCGAUGUCAUACUGGCGGACGCAGACGUCUCUCUCCCUCGGAUCCGAUGCCGCCAUGCCCUAGGGGUUUCCAUCGGUCCACGACCUGCGCAACUUUCAUCUUUCAUCGACUGGGUCACCAUCAGAACCUAAUAUUUCGUCUUUCAUCGAGUGGCACUGGCAUGGAAGACGAAAGAUGGUUGUCGAUGAAAGAUGAGAGAUAGUUUGUGCAAUGGCAUUGUAACUUGUACAUAUGCUACCAUAUUCCUUUAGGCUGAAGGGGAAGAAGAUGCAGAGCGUUGAGGGGGAAGAGAUUGGUGUUCGUGGGCGACUCGCUGAACCGCAACAUGUGGGAAUCGCUGCUCUGCAUCCUGAGGCACCCUCUGAAGAGGAAGCACCGCGUUUUGGAGGUGUACGGGAAGGAGGAGUUCAGAACUGACAAUUCGUAAGCUUUUCGAUUCGAAGCAUGCAGUGCUGCACCUCCUUCACGGAUAUCAUCCAUCUUCCCUUCUCUCUUUGUUGGCGGUGGUGGGUUUCGUUCAUGCACCUCCUGCUCACGAACCGCGCAGGACUACAACCGUUACAUAUGCUAACCAUAGUGUUUUUCCUCUAUAAAAAAUAAAAAGCAGAAACACUCAGCCGCCAUUCGCAAGAGGUAACUUCGUCGAUGAACCCCACAUUCAUCAUGAAAUUUCAUUAAGGAAGGAGAAGAGCAUGAAGCUCUGCUGCGACGCUUCCUUGUUUGCUUCUUUGUAUGACUGUAGAUUCAUCCUUUCUCCCUUCUCAUUACGUUUUGUUCUUCUCCUCCCCUCUUCCUUUCAUUCGUUUUGUCCUGACCUUAUCUUACUGAGUUCGAUUGCAGAGAAUAAGUAAGUCGGUUCAUCCGGAGGCCACGUGGAUCAGGACUACUUCUUUAGAAGCCUAAGCAAUCUGUUAACACAACCACUUUCUGCUUAAAGCUCCAUAUCUCUGCAUGUUUGAUUAUGUAUGUUUUUUCCUCAGAUUUACAGAGGACGCAAGAAGGAUUUUUGCAUUUAGUGGAUUAUGCAAUCAGUUUCAUUUAUUAUGACCGCAUAGGAGCGAGGUUUAUCUGACUUCCGGUCUCCAUUUCCUGGUCAGAGAGCUUUUGCAAGCUCCGAGAGUGGUGUAACUUUGACAUGGCGAUGGAAGAUUCAGUUCGAAAAGUGGCACUAGAGGAGCUGAAGUGCUUGUUUCCUGAAGUUUUCAAUGAUUUGUUUCAGCGGUUGGAAAGAAAGAUGGAAGAGAAACUGGAGCAUGUGAUUCCUCAAAUUUUAAAUCCAUUUGAAAAUAUCAUGCACCAGCAAGCGAAUGGGAUGAUUGAUCACACAAGACAGUUGCCAAGAUCCAUGCCCUACCGAAGGCGUCCAGCCAGCAUCAGACUUGCAACUUGCCUUCACAGAGAAACUCUUACUUCCAAGCUUCAGCGAAGAUGUGAUCAAAGAUAAGGAUCAUAAUCAUUUCCAAGUGUCACUAAUGCAAUUCAAACAUGGUCAGAGUUGUGUUUUUUCGCUUCACUCACCUAUCAAAGUAGAAAUAGUGGUCCUCGAUAGAGGUUUCCCCAGAGAAAAUAGUCAGGACUGGAACACUGAUGAGUUCAAUAGCAGCAUAUUAGAAGAACGGGAGAAUAAGAGACCAUUGCUUCUAGGAGAAAGCAAGGCUCAAUUAAAUAAAGGCAUAGCUUUCUUUGGAACACUUCAGGUCACUGAUAACUCGAGUUGGGUAAGGACCAAGAAAUUUAGACUAGGAGUCAGAGUUUCUCUGGGCAGCUAUAAAGGGCGAAGGAUUAAAGAAGUGAUAACAGAAAGUUUCCAGGUUUUAGACCAUCGAAGCAAAUUCAAUCAGAAGUCUCACCCCCCAUCUCUUGAUCAUGAAGUAUGGAAGCUACGCAAUAUUGGCAGGAAUGGAGCAAUUCACAGGAGGCUGGAUGCUGCUGGAAUUAAGACCGUGCAAGAUUUCUUGCAGCACUCGGUUGUCGAUCGGCAACGCCUCCGAGAGACUAUAAAGAUGUCAGACAAGAAGUGGGAAGAAACAAUAGGACAUGCAAGGACCUGCAGACUGGGAGAUGAUUUAUACUUGUCUCAUACGCCUACUUGCACUGUCAUGUUGAACUCCAUUUGCGAAAUUAUUGAAGUCAGUAAGAACGGCGUGAGCAUCGCUCUGACAGAGCUCACUUCAGAAGAGAAAGUCAAGCUUGCCUCUGAGGCAUACCAAAAUUGGAACCCGUUGGAGAGAGUUGUGGGGAUGCCUAAUACGAUUGGAGCACAAAAACAGAAUUCUAUCAGAAAAUGUGAACUAGUAUCCGAUGAACCAAGGUGUAGUAAUCCGCCAGAUGGGUCUCAGAGGGAGCUGUCCGCCGGCAAUGUGACUCCACCACUCGGAGCUUCUGUGUGUGUUCUUGAACAGCUUCCUUCACCGCAGAGAGCCGGUGCAGAAAACCAAAACUGGAACCCAUCGGACUCCAAUGGAGGAACCAUGGAAGCGCAACAACAAAGUGAUCAUCUUGGCGACCAAGGUGGACUCGCGACACGUUGCAGUCCCACCUUGCCACAGUGUGGCUCACCACACUUGUUUUGCGGCACCGGAGAAUCCCCAGAGGAAGUAGAUAUAAGAGAUCUUUGACAAUAGAAAAAGCUCUGAUGAAUCAUUUCCAGCGUUGAAAUGUUGUAUGUUCUCUUUGAGGCCUCUCAUCAUUCAAGGAGUCGAUGAAUCCAUUACAGUGACUGAGCGUAGCCAUCAACAUUUAUUGCUUUGGGUUUGUAGUCAAAUUAAACAAGCAUCACAUGGGAUCUGUUCAAAGGUUAUAUAGCAUCUAAGCCCUGUUUACGAUUGUGUUCUCUUGUA